CGUGUCUCCAUGUGAUUACAAUUCCUUACAAACUGAAAAUGCAUCAGUCCUACAUUUCUAACGAAACUCCAUGUGUCUGUCCCACCCAGUUGGAGGCGCAUGCUGAUCGUGGCUGUGGACCACGCUGUCUCUUCUGCAGGGGCGUGGCUGGACGUGAGUGGGCGUGGUGGGAUUCCUCACGUAGCUCCUUCCUCGUUUUCUUCGCCAGCGUACGUGAGGCCGACUUGGAGGGAGGUGUACGUCGCUAGGAAGGGGAAAAAAAGGAGAAGAGAACAGAAACAGAAACUACCCCACUAAAAGCUGCUUCAGGAGCAGUGAAGUGUCUUCAUGGCAGUUCGUCGAGGGCACAUUAAGUACUUGAAAGCCGACCUACAGGAGGUGUAUGACAUGUCAAACGGUUAUGAAGACCACAUGGGAGGGGACGAGGGGAAGGACGCCAAGACCAACCUGAUAGUGAACUACCUGCCUCAGAGCAUGACGCAGGACGAGCUGCGGAGCCUCUUCAGCAGCAUCGGAGAGGUGGAGUCCGCCAAGCUGAUUCGAGACAAAGUCGCAGGCCACAGUUUAGGGUACGGAUUUGUUAACUAUCUUAACCCUAGUGAUGCAGACAGAGCUAUCAGUACACUGAAUGGACUAAGGCUACAGUCCAAAACUAUCAAGGUUUCAUAUGCACGGCCCAGCUCUGAUACAAUAAAGGAUGCCAACCUGUAUAUCAGCGGCCUGCCAAAGUCCAUGACCCAGAAGGAUGUAGAGGACAUGUUUUCACGUUAUGGACACAUAAUUAACUCUCGUGUACUUGUUGAUCAGGCCACAGGUACGACAGGCGUGUCCCGCGGAGUGGCCUUUAUCCGGUUUGACAAGCGGGCAGAAGCAGAGGAUGCCGUCAAAAACCUGAAUGGCCAGAAACCCCCUGGAGCCUCUGAGCCGAUCACAGUGAAAUUUGCUGCCAACCCAAACCAGGCGAAGAACACGCAGCUCAUCUCUCAGCUCUACCACAACCAGUCCCGACGCUUCGGGGGGCCCUUACACCACCAGGCACAGCGGUUUAGGUUCUCCCCCAUGGGUGUUGACCACAUGGGCAGCAUGGGCGGCGUUAGCGUCCCUGGCAACUCCACCUCCGGCUGGUGCAUCUUCAUCUACAACCUGGGCCAGGACGCCGACGAGAGCAUCCUCUGGCAGAUGUUCGGCCCCUUCGGCGCCGUCACCAACGUGAAGGUGAUCCGCGACUUCAACACCAACAAGUGCAAGGGCUUCGGCUUCGUUACCAUGACGAACUACGAGGAGGCGGCCAUGGCCAUCACCAGCCUGAACGGCUACCGGCUCGGAGACAAGAUCCUGCAAGUGUCCUUUAAGACCAGCAAGGGCCACAAGUAGAGAGAGCUGGACAAUCAGGUGUAGAGGAGAGCUGGAAAUGACCUGUGCUGGGCUUUUAUUGCAGAGAGCAAAGUCUGACACAUCCGUUUGGGUUUUAGUGUAUUCAGAGUUCUGAGACGUUCACUCUUCUGCACCUUUGUACAUGUCUAAAAGUGUGUUUUGUUUUUUGUUGUUUUUUUUUUUUCUUUUUUUGAUCUUUAUACUCAUGCUUGGGGCUUGAGGACACUCAGUAGUUUAAAUUUUUAGGGAGGGAAUGGAGAAAGCAUAAAUCCUAUGAUGCCCCCAAAAUAACUUUUGAAAAUUAACUUAAAAAAAAGCAAAAAUACUAUGUAUGUGUUGCAUGUAUUACUGUUGGGACUAGAUAAAGGAGGGAGGCAGGCAAACGGUUCAUAGCAGUGCACUGAAAAUACGGAGCGUGAGGAAAGCCCUGCAGAUUGUUCUCCAAUUGUCGACAUUUUUGUGGAUGAUUUAGUCUAAAGGAGGCGAAGAACAGUAUUUUGCCCGUCGCCAGUUGGUUGUUAAAUUCUGCAAAAGCGGCGCUCUGUUCAGGGUCCUCGUCAUAUGUAGAAAUACAGUAGAUGCCUUAAAUUAUCAUUCAGUGGACAUACACCUACAAUACCACUCACCGUCUGGAGUUAAUCUAAGAGCAAAGCACUUUUAAACUGUUUUAUCUUACCAUGAAUAUCAGUCUUUUUGAUGUUAAUCUGACCCUCCUGCCAGGUUAAUCAUUUUAAACAGAAGAGCUGUGGAGGGACAUGUUUUUGUUAUCCCUGCGUCAAGUGUCUUUUUAUUAUAAGUUGUAUUUCAGGAGAAAAUGAACCCCCAGUCAAUGAGUAGGGAAUUAAGAUGGACCAAAAGCAGGGAGAGAUUUGAUCCUUAAACCAGAAGCGUUUUCUGAGCAGAUUUUCACAAGGUAAAUUAACCUUUUUUUGCAUUUUUUUUGUUUUUUGAAGAGGUACUAAGGUUAUUAUCUGAUGCCGACUGAGAGCAACAUCACUUUGGCUCAGUUUGCUGUUUUGUUUUUUCUUUCAUUUUGAAUUUCUUUUCAUUUGAAACCUUUUUUCUUUUAUUUUUUCUCUCUAAAGGCAUAGAUUUUUAUUUGUUACACUGUAAGUUACAAACUUGUUUUAACAGAGUGCUUAUCUCAAGUUUGGAGAGACAUUAAUGGCCUUUGUUAUUGAUUUCAGUUUAGAGUUGCUUUCUUUUCUUCCUUUCUUUUGGUGGUUUCACUUUGAACAUAAACCAUUAAAUUUUGUUUCUUUUGCUGAAAGUUUUGUUUGGUUUGUUUCUUUUUUUUAUUAACCUUUUUAGAUUUGGUUUGAAGUUUUGUUCUGUUAUUUUUCUAGAAGCGAAUCUGCAGUGCUGACAAAACAAAAAUCCCAGAUUAAGCAAAACCAGGCUGUUACAAAAAGUGUUUCUGUGGGUGGCCUUUAAGUGAGACUGGCUUAAGCAACAUUAUGCAAGAGUUGGUAUUUUUCCGGUUUCUUACUGCAAUGCACGUAUACACCAGUGUUGAAAAUCUAGACAGCUGUAUGGCUGAAAACCUCAGACCCCUGUUCUCCGAGCUCCUGGCAGAGUCAGCUAGCCGCCCGGCUAACUGAGCUAACUAGGUAACAGCAGCAGUUAGUGCCAUAACGUCUUUAAGCUCUUCUACGUAGUGCAAGAACAUGCUUACAGGGCACAGAGUGUGAACGAAAGAGACAUGGCUGGAUAGUCAAUCGUAAAAUAGUCGCAUAAUGUUGCUUUAAAUUAAUAUGUGGACCAAUGUUAGCUGCUGUACGCAGGCAGUUGAGGGAAAAUGUGAGUCCAGCAGACAUUUCAUAAAGCAACUUUCUUAAGAUUGCCAGAUGAAUGUGAACCACUGAAGUGCAGCAUAAUUAGUAUGCUGAAGCUGUGAGUUGGCACUUUUGCUUCAGUUCCAUGUCAUCCGGCUCGGUAAACCUGCACUUUGAUACCCGGCUGAUUUACAUUUAGAUUAACUUAGAUCUGUCGACUCUGUGUAGUUAUCUUAAGUGAGGACAGAGUAGUUGUGCAUCAGUGGUGAUAUUUCAACAGAGCAAAUAAGUAUACACUGUUCACAUGCAGACCCAUUGCUCUCAUCUUUCUCUAAUGAGGAUAACUUUUAACUAGCGAGCGCUUAGCUUUGUUCACUUGAUCAGUGACACGCUUCUAUCGUCCAUGAUUGUGACGAGUUCGCCUUGUUCACCACGAUGGUUAAAAGGUGGAGAAUCGUCGCUGUAUUUGUUCAUGAUUUGACCGCAAAUUAAACAGAGGAAGCACUUGAUGAUAGUCACAAGCAGCCAACGCUUCUUGUGAGCAGUACCUGUACGCACUUGUUUGGAUUCGCUUUUAAAGCUAGAUCGCUUCAUUUAAUGCCUCGUUAAUCGGUGUGCCCCCUCUGAAACGAAUAUUCCCGUCACGAGCUUCAGAUUUUGGUCUUAAAAGUGCUUUUUGAUUUAGCAUUUCAAAGGUAUUUUUGUGUCACAAUACUUAACUUUGUGCAAUAUUUCCUGACUUGCUCAAAGCAGGUAAUUGAAAUUUGUUGUAGUUUUGGACUGUCAUCUUUUUUUAUCUUUUCAUUUUUCUACUGACGUUUUAUGUUACUGCUUAGUUUUCUCAGCAGUCUAGUUGGAAUUGCAUGAAAGAUGCAGGUGAAAUUGUUUUAGGGGCAGUCAGAAUAAACUGCAUUCCGCCUUAAUUUAUACGUGAAAGUGGUGUAUUUUAAACCAGAGGAGGCGCAAAUAUUUAUUUGACAAUGUAUGAGGUCAUAGUUGUUACUUUAUUGGAGUGUUUUAAUGAUUGAUUUUUGUUUUCUUGGUUUUGAAGGACACUAAGUUGAAGUUCAUUAAAUGUCUUCUAACAUUGAAUCAUUUCAAUAAAAAUGGCUUUUCAAAA